GACGGGGAGGAGGAACUACUAGUGGAAAAAAAAAAGUUAAAGUGAAAAUGGCUUCCUUGUCUUUAGAGUCUACAGAACAAUCUGACAAUAGCCCAGAAGAUCCGUCAGUAGCCGAGUCCAAAGAAGACAAAGAAAGCUCUCAUGUUUCGGAACAUUUGCUCCAAAGUUUCCAGAAGUCGGCCCUGAGUUUCUCCACAGACCAGGUUUCAUGCCUGUGCGAGGCCCUUCUGCAGGCGGGUAAUGUGGAUCGCCUGUGGAGCUUUCUCUCCACCAUACCUCCUUCGUCCGAGCUGCUACGUGGCAACGAGACGCUGCUGAAGGCCCAGGCGCUGGUGGCUUUCCAUCGGGAGGAGUUCAAGGAGCUGUACGCCAUCCUGGAGAGCCAUGACUUCCACCCGUCUAACCAUGGGUUCCUGCAGGACCUGUACCUCAAAGCCCGCUACAAGGAGGCAGAGAGGUCCCGGGGCCGCAGCCUGGGCGCAGUGGACAAAUACCGGCUCAGGAAGAAGUUCCCCCUGCCUAAAACCAUCUGGGACGGAGAGGAGACGGUUUACUGCUUCAAGGAGAAGUCCCGGAACGCUCUGAAGGAAUGCUACAAAAGCAACAGGUACCCCACUCCGGACGAGAAGAAAAACCUGGCCAAAGUAACCGGACUGUCCCUCACGCAAGUCAGCAACUGGUUCAAGAACCGCAGGCAGAGGGACAGGACCCCGUCCGGGACCCACAGCAAAAGCGAGUCAGAUGGGAACCACAGCACUGAGGACGAGGCGAUGGACGAAGCCGCCGACAAACCAGAGGAGCCAACAAGCUCCACCACCUCCAUCAUCUCUGUCUCUGCGGUCCCCUGCAGCACGGGGGGGCAGCUUAUCCUCAAUGGCUCCAGCGGCUUCCUGGCAGCUUCACAGCCGUUGCUGCUGAACGGAAACUCCCUGAUCUCCAGUGCCGGGGCUGGUGUCAUAAUCAACGGGCUGAGUCUAGGUGACUGCCAGACGGUCACGCUGAGCCCUGUUGCAGCCAGCUCUCCUCUAAUCCUGAACGGGGCUCAGGUCAUAACCAAACCCGGAGUCAGCACGCAGCAGCACCAAGCGGCCUCUUCUAGAGCAGAACAGGAAGCGUCUGCUGUGGAGACCAAGACGGUUGUUCUGAGCACUAAUGGCGUUCAAGCUCCAGAACCUUCCACCAUAAUUUCUCCUCCACUUCAAACCAAAAUAAAAAGUGACAGCGACAUGGAUUUUAUGACCAGUUGCAAUUCAGAGGGAGGCAGCCAGACAGUAUCCCCAUCCUCUUCGUCUUUAUCGCCCUCCCCUCCAGCUCUGUCUUCUUCAACCAGUCUUCCAUCGCUUGUUCUAACCCAAAACCCUCAAGACCAAGAGUCUGUCUCCCUCCCAGCUUCUCUGCCCUCCUCAGGCUUGGUUAUCUCCAACUCUGCCAGUCAGCAGGGACCUUGGCCCUCACAGUUAACACCUUCUACAGUUUCUUCUAUCCACUCCACCCCUCACAUCAUCUCUUUGCCCCAAGUUGUGCCUUCAAUCCACUGUGCACCAGUCUCCCAACUGGUCCAGAGCUCUACAGGAGCCCAAUGCCCUCAGCUAGUCCCAGUAUCCCCACUCACCUCAGUGGCUCCACAGUUUCAAAGCCCUCACACUCAAAACAUAGGUAGCAGACCGCAAGAGCAGCAGCAAGAGCCCCCAACAACUAUAUCUGAAUCUGCUGCUGCUGUAGCUUCUGUUCCACAGCUUAACAACACUACCCUCCAGCACAUAAACCCCACCCCCAUCAAAGUUCAGCCUCCACAGGUUCUCUCCUUGUCUUCUCCUACACCAGGAGUCCCAGUGUCUCAAGCAAAAGGCAGUCCCUCUGCUCAGUUAGCCUCACUUUCAAUGCCUCAGCUGGUUCCCGUCUCCUCCAUCCAAACCUCCCCCAACUUCUCUUUCCCCCAGGUGGUGCCAGCCAGCCCGGCACUCUCCAUCCCCUCUGCUGGUGUGCCCUUGCAGAUCUUGGCUUCAUCCCCUGGAUCCGCAGGGCCUCCACAGAGCCCGCUCAGGAUAAACCAGCUGAGUCAGAUACAGAGAGUUGGGAACUCGACCAGCGUGGCCCCGGCUGUACAGCUCCUGAACCCUGGGAUCAUUCAGCUACCUUCUCCUUCCACAGGGAACGUCGUUCUCGGUGGAAGCCCAUACCUGAGUGUGCAGCAGGGGAAGCUGAUCCUGACAAUCCCAGCAGGGAUCCAGCUCACCAGUUUACCCCUAAAACCAGUCCAAGAAGCAUCCACUGUCUCUGCAAACGGAGUGGCUGGACUUCUGAGUCCCUCCACUCCUCCUGUGGCCUGCCAGCCUCCACACAGCUCAGGCUCAAACUCCGGUGGACUAGCAGCUCCCCCUUUGAACUUCAUCAGCUCCUCGCCUCUGCUCUGUGCUCCUGACACCACCAGCAUCACCACCAGCCAGCCGCCGGUAGUCUCCACCUCUCCCACGCUAGACCAGUCCGUUACCAUGACGACACAAAGUGCGCUUACUCCAGAGAGCAUGCUGGCCCUUGGCCCCAUGUACAGCGGAGUAGCACCGAGCAUCCAGCUGUCCCAGCCGGCAUGGAACCCCGUCUCCCUCUCCACCUCAGCCAGUCUGACCCUGUUUGACAUGCGUGGGAAGGGAGAGCUACCUGUAGACCCCGCUUUAUUAGGUCUACCCGGAGGAGAGUCGCUCCUGCUGGGGAGCUCAUCUCUUGGAAGGGAAGAUGAAACCAGCUCUCCACUGAGGGACCCGGAUGAGAUGGAUGGGGAGCAGAAGAUUCUCACCCAGCUCCAAUCAGUCCCUGUGGAUGAAGACUUGGGUUUGUAGUUCUGUUAAAACUGUUGGCAAUUCUCCAUACUGUCCUGUUGCUAUUCAUGACCCGAUGUGGUAAUUUAGUAAAAUAAGAAAAACGUCCUGAAACCAUCGUAGACCUGAUUGGCACUUUUUAGAAAAGUUCUUUGCAGUUUUUGUAGUUCCAGCUGGAGCAUUGCAUAUACCUCUCAUGGACAUCAGUACAAUAUUUGCUUUGGGAAUUUAAAGAUUUACUCAAACCAUUCUUUUUUUUUUCUUUUUUUCUUUAAGGUCUGAAUGAUUUAAACACAAGAAACUUCAGUGAGUUAUAAAAAUUUAUUAUUUAUUGAGGAUUUUCCCUUUAACUAGCUGUAUUACUUCAUCCUCUUUGUGCAAUGAACCACUAACAAAACGGCCCAUAGCAUGAUGUUUCUAACAUGCUUUGCAGUUGGCAGUGUGUCCCUUGGUUUGAAGAUCUCAGCUUUAAAUUUGUGUUGUCCAAGGAGGUAGCUAGAUGUUAUAGUUGGGUUUUUAUUUAUUUUUUGCUAAUUUUCUUUUAAAUCUUUACCAGUUUUGUGUUGUUUAAGAGAGACUUUUAUAUAUUUGACUGAAUUUUUGAAAACACUGUACCAACUGUCUAGCCUUUAGGUGGGAGUAUCAUGCCGUUGGAGUGUUUAUUCAGUGUUGGUGGAGCAGUGUGCAAAGUGGAUGUAGAAAUAAAGCUGGAGAUUCUUUAAAUCCACCUAAAGUCAACAGUAAGAUGAGAGAUCCUCAUCCUAAGGAUGCUCCAUAAUGGUUUUCAAUAUACUUGGGUAAAACUAAGCAAUGGUUUUAAAUAUAAAAUUAAAAUAAAAGUUUUUUUUAGCAGAUCUUCAUGCAUUUUCACACAUCUAGGUAAAAAUUCCACGCUUAAAAUACAGUUUUAUUCUGUUUUUAUAAACAUCGAAAGUAUAAUUCAAAUAUGCCAUUAUUAAAACGUUUUUUAAGGCUCUAAAAGCCUUUCAGACAGAAAAUUAUAUUGUUUUUUAAUCAUGAUUUGAAUUUUAGAAUCCAGACACGGUUAGCUCGUUUUGUAGCACUAAACCAGAUUUUCACUCAGGAGACUGAAACGGAAAUUCAUAAAUUGAGUAUUUCUAAACAUUUACCUGGAAUUUUUUUUUUUUUUCUUCUGAAUUUUGAGGGAAUGUUUGUCCUUUUCACCCACAUCUUUUUAAUUCCUCCUUAACCCUUUAUAGGGCAUUCAGUGAAAGAUUUUAAACAUCUAAAUUUCAAGCAAAGAGUACACUGCAAAAAAAUGAAAUCUAAGUAAGUCAGUUUUUCUUAAAAUAAGUGCAUUUUUUC